AUGAUUUUUUUUUUAUGGUUUAAAUCUCAAGAAGCCACCCAGGCUAGUGGUUGUUUGUACAUAGUAAUGGACUACUGUGAGGGAGGAGACCUGUUUAAGAAGAUCAAUAAUCAGAGAGGGACUCUAUUCUCUGAGGAACAGAUUCUUGACUGGUUUGUGCAGAUCUGCCUGGCUCUGAAACACGUACAUGACCGCAAAAUCCUACACAGGGACAUCAAAUCACAGAAUAUUUUUCUGACCAAAGAUGGUACCAUUCAGCUUGGUGACUUUGGAAUCGCUAGAGUUUUGAACAGCACCGUGGAGUUGGCGAGGACAUGUAUUGGCACACCUUACUACCUGUCGCCAGAGAUAUGUGAAAAUAAACCAUACAACAACAAGAGUGAUAUCUGGGCCCUGGGAUGUGUCCUGUAUGAAAUGUGCACGCUUAAGCAUGCAUUUGAGGCCGGAAACAUGAAGAACCUGGUGUUAAAAAUCAUCCGUGGUUCGUACCCGCCAGUUUCCGUGCAUUACUCCCAAGACUUGCGCUCUCUCCUGGCCCAGCUGUUCAAGCGCAACCCCCGGGAGAGACCCUCCGUCUCAGCCAUUUUGGACAAGCCUUUUCUUGCUCGCAGGAUUCACAAGUUUCUCAGCCCUCAGAUUAUUGCUCAGGAAUUCAGCCACUCACUUCACCUUAAUCAGCCUAAAAUGAGUGUGGCCCAGGGAGCACCAGCCAAACGCCCUGCCCCAGGCCCCAUCCCCAUCUCCCCAGCUCAGAAAAUCACAAAGCCAGCAGCCAAAUAUGGAGUGCCUUUAACAGUUCGAAGACCAUCUGACGCCAUCAGAAAGGUCCCGGUUGCAGCAAAGAAACCAGUCAAACUCAAGCAGGCUCCCCCUCCUGCAGCAGCUCAGAGGAGAGUGAGUCGAGUGGAGGAGGAGAGGAGGAAGCAUGAGGAAGGAGUGAGGAAGAAACGGAUGGAGAUGAUGGAGAGGGAAAGGAAGCAAAGGGAACAGAUUUUGUUACUGAAGGCUGCUCAGAUGAAGAGAUUUGAGAGGGAAAAGCUGUUCCGGAUAAACCGUGCUCGAGAGCAGGGCUGGAGACAUGUGCUCAGUUCCAGUGGAGGCAGCAGUCCUGAGCGAAAGUUUUAUGGAGGUGGUGGUGGCGGCGUUGGAGCACCACAUUCCCCUGGAAUAGCAAUGGGUGAACAGGGUGCUCGGCAAAACCUGGCCACCAUCUUUGCAAGCUGGACAAACUCCUCCCGAUGCAGGAGACCCCAAGUCAACAAAGAGGAGGAGGAGUACUUGGCAAGAUUACGACAGAUCCGACUACAGAACUUUAAUGAACGCCAGCAGAUCAAAGCUCGCCUCAGAGGAGAGAAGUAUGACAGUGACGGGUCAGACAGUCAGGAGUCAUGUGAAGAGGCAGUACUCAGGAUGAAGAAGAUCGAGGCUUUAAAGGCCCAGUCAAAGGCUCGUGCUGCUGUAAUUAAAGAACAACUGGAAAAGAAGAGAAGAGAAGCAUAUGAGAGAGAGAAGAAAGCAUGGGAGGAUCAUCUUGUUGCACGAGGGGUGAAGGUUGCUGUUGGAGCUGUGGGCGGAGCUCCAUCUCCUGCAGCCCCUGACUCUCAGCCAUCUGACUCCACCCCUCAGGAAGAUGCUUCCAAAGCCACUCCCUCCUCUAGACCCACCACUCCAGCCAUCUCCAUGACUGCUGCUCUGAAGGAUGUGGGCGCGAUUUCAUCAGGACAGAGUUCUCCUAUGAAAGAGGACUCCCUUAAAGCAGAAACAUCACGUGUACAGAGUGACAAGAAGGAGAUUCUUCGCCGACUUAAUCAAAAGGUCCAGACCACUGAGGAAGAUGCCACACCUUGCAGCAUUGUACCAUGCCCAACUCCUCAACAGAUCCAGCCUUCCAUCACAGAAGAAAGACCUCCUGCAGCUGGUGAUAGGAGGAAAUGGGAAGCUGUAGCUCCACCCAUAUUGUCUGUAGCCGAACAAACUCUGGAGGAGACCUGUGCAACUCUGGCAGUGUCUCAGGUGGCUUCUCCAGAGACGAAUGCUCCCUCUGGUGGAGACAGGAAGAAGUGGCAGACUGAUGGUGCCCCUCUUCUGUCUGUGGCUCAGCAGACUCUGGAAGAAACUAGCUUUACAACAGCAGAAAAAACAGCAGGUGAAGUCAUUUGCAUGGAUGAUUGGCAGGGGGAGGGGCUAAGGAAGGCUUGGGGGCGGAGUCCAGACUCAGAGGUUCUGAAGGUGUUGGAAGAGGCAGAGCUCCAGCCCUUUACCCAGAAACUAGAUCCCGCCAGCACCUGUGACCACACACUGACUGAAAGCCUUAAUCUUAUUGAAGAGUCUUUAGAUGUCACUCAUGAAACCAAACAAGUGCCUCUUCCUCAGCCAUGCCAGCCUGCCAUUGGCCUUGCCAAACAAGAAGUGACAUGUCAGGAGACAGUGCCAAUCACAGCAGAGGUUAAAAGUCAGGAACUAAUCCCACAAACAACAGAAGAGAUUCAAAAGACUCCAUCUGGAGAAAGUGAGACAGAGGUGGUGGAUGAUAUGGAGUCAGUAGUUCUAGAUGAAGCCUCUCAGCAAACCUCAAAGCCACCCCCAGCAGAUGUAAUGCAAGCAUGGACAAAUGACACUCCAAUGUCUCCGAUGCUGAGGACGUGCUCCUUACCAGACCUCAGUAAAGUAUUCAGUGAUGCUGCAGAACCUGAAGUUGCAGUUGCUCCUGACAACAACCUGGAGAUUGAAGAUCUGGAGGAUAAAGCGGAUGAACAGUCUGAACCUGAGGAUGUGUACGAGGAUGAUGAUUUGAGGGAGCUCAGAGCAUCUAUGGAGAGGCUUCUCCAGGAGCAGCGCAGUGAUGAAGAAGAUGAUGACGAAGAGGACGAUGAUGGCGGUGGAUCCAACAGUAGUCCAGCUGAUGAAGAGGCAGCUGGCCUUAAUGGGUUGGCUAGUGCUGGUGUUGACAAAUGCAGUCCAGAGGAGGAGUGUUUUAAUGGAAUGGCUGAGGAAGAUGAUGUUAGCCAUGGUGAAGAAGAGCCAGGAGGGCCAGUUACUAACGGAAUGGAGGUUGAGGAGGAUGAAGAGCAGAACAGUAGUGAAGGCCAGCUCAAUGAGGAGUGGCAGUCUGAUGACAGCGAGGAAGAGGACGAGGAAGACCUAGAGCAACAGGACAGUAUCUUCAGUCGUCUGGAGGAGCUGCGGUUCCAUCUAGAGCAGGCCAUGGGCUUUGAAAACUUCAUUCAAGCCUACAACAAGAUCAAGGCUAUUCAUGAGGAUGAAGAUGAGAACAUUGCAAUGGGCUCCAGCAUGGUGCAAAGCAUUUUGGGAACCAAGCACCAACACUUGUAUCCUAAAAUCCUCCAUUUGGUGAUGGCAGAUGGCGCUUACCAGGAAGAUAAUGAUGAAUAGAAGUUAUUCAUCCAUGCCGUUGGCAGCCUUGGUCAAUCUGCUGGCAGGCUGAAGUGUUCCCAUGAUGCACUCUGACAGUCUGAGGAGGUGCAUGUCGGGGAAGGGGGGUUUGAGAGAGAGGGGGUAAAAAGAGAAAUGGUCCACUCAAGCAUGGGCAGUUUAAAGUCCACGGUUGACUGUAGUUCUACUUCCAUAUCUCAAGUCACUUGAGCACUACUUUGUAAAUUUUGUGCAUAUAAAUGUGCUGUGUAUAAUAAUAUUUAACCAAAGCGUAGCCGAGUGUUAGCAGGCGAGAAGAAGUCUCCGACAGAGAUGUACACGUGUGUACUCCUAGCUGAUGACAGACUGUAUGUGAAAUGCUGCUCGUGCUGUAUUCACAACAGCUGAAGCCAUGGAAACUGCUUUUUAAGGCUCUAGACUGGCCAGGGAGGUCUAGUUUAGGGGUCAGAGGUCAAUUAUCUGCCCAAUAUCAGGUGCUCACGCACAACAGGCAGCGGGUUCUUCUAACCAGCUGUCUACCUCAGAAAACAGAUUAGUCUAAAUGUCUUGUCUAAAAAAACAGUCUUCUCAAAUUUUCUGAACCUCUUUUUCUACUUUUUACACCUCGUUAACAUAACAUGCUCAAAUUAUUUAGCCUUAGCUUUCAAGAUUUCUUACCGGUAAAUCUUAAAGCAUUAUUUCAGGAUUUGGCGAAACUGUUAUUUAGGAAGUUACUAUGCAGAUGAAGUCCUUAUCGGGGUUUUUAACGUGAUAGUUCACCCAAAAUUAAUAUUCUGUCAUCAUUUACUCCCCCUCAUGUUUUUUUGUCCAUCACAUGGAAUGAAUGGGGGCCACAACAACAUUGGACCCCAUUGACUUUCAUUGUGAAGAAAAAGUCAUACAGGUUUGGAACUGCAUGAGUGUGAGUAAAUGAUGAUAGAAUUUUCAUUCUUGGUGAACAGUCACUAUAAGAGCAUUUAUAAAUGCUGUGCACAUGCUUUAUGCAUGUUGUAUGCAGCUGCACCUCCGGUGGGUUGUAUUAAAUGACCUCUGUGUUUUAGUUGCUGGCAAAAUGUGGUACUUGAAAGUGUACAGAAAAUUGUUAAAUAAUUUGCAAGCAUUACGGUUUGUUUGCAUGUCAGAAUAUGUAUAUCUUUGUACUGAGAAAUAAA